AUGUCUGCCAUGAAGAUAACAGGCAUCUUUGUGCUCCUCACCCUGGCUGUUCUUUGCUUAGCAAAUGCUGCCGAAAAGGAUGAGAUAGACUGCCAUGAAUACAAGAACCUAGAGAGAGGAAGACCUAUUUACUGUGAAAGACUCUAUCAACCUUUUUGCGGCUCUGAUGGGAAAACAUAUAACAACAAAUGUUCUUUCUGCAAAGCAGUCCUGAGAAGUAGAGGUGCCUUACACAUGAAGCAAGCAGGGGCAUGCUGAAUGAAUUCUGCAUCACAUAGU